UUCAGUAAGCAUUAGAUAAUCUUCUUAUACAUAUUUGAUAUUCAAUAUUAAAAUAAUGAUGUUGAGGUGGCUGUCCUGAAGAUAAAAUUAAUUUGUCAUAAUUUGUCAUAAAAUUACUGGUCUAGGAUGCCACCAAAUAUACAAACAAAUGACAAAUGAGAUACUGUAUCAACCAGUUCCUUCUUGGCACAGAAAGAACAGUUUUGUUUCCAUGUACCACUGCAGCAGACAAGAAAAAACAUUUGUCUGCAAUGAGGAAUUAACUAUGACUAGGAUGCACUAGUAAAGUUUCACAAUGUAUUUCUUGUUUCAGUUAGCUGCAAUAGGGGAGUGGUUGGUUUUAGCUAGGACUGUGCAAGGUCAUAACUUUCCAGCGACCUUAAUGACGCUUGCAUCGACGAUGGCAAUGUGUUCGUAUCGCAAGUUACUUGGAGAAGUUGGACACUUCAACCUGCCACUUCUUUACGGGGAGCCAGUGUGUUGGAAGACUCUGACCGCUCAGUGCAUGGCUAAUGUAACAGGGUCUGAUUCUGUCUACUCGAGAUGUACUCUGGCUGCAAUAACUGAGCUGUGCAGCAUGUCUACGAUACCAGUUGUAUGGGAUGACCCCACUGAGGCAGCUGAUGUGAGCCAGCUGGCAAUCGACUUGGGAAACGGCGCCAUUAGGGGAACCAAGGAUCGCAAUCUACAGCCCCAGACAGGUUGUUUAGUGACAGCCAACUUUGAUUUGGGAGGAACAAAGAAAUACUACACCCGUCUCAAUUUUAUCCUCUUCAAGAAGGCAGAGGUCAGUGAUGUGGCCCGUAUGAUGCAGCUGGAGGAUGGCGCCCGCAAGGCUUCAGCUGCACUACCUGGUAUGUUAAGUCUUACAGACGGUGUUACAGCAGUUGAUAUAUGGAAGAUGACCCUCCAGAUUAUGACUUGUUGCAAGGGUUUAGAAGUUAGGCUGGUUGAGGGUAUGGCUGUGCCCUUAACUGUAAUGACAAAGAUACUUGAAGCACUCAGUCUGCCAUGGUCAGAUGAACUUUUUACAUACCUGCAGACGGAAAUCAUUCCAUCCCAUAUGCAGCGUCUUGGGCACAGUGUGAACAAAAUAGCAGCAAACCAUGGAACCUUCAGUCGGCUCGUAUCUGACAUAGUAUCUGACUUGGGCCCAGAGCAGAUCCCCGAGUAUGUGAAAUUGAAUGGUUCAUGUCUGACACUGAGAACUGUCGAACUGCCAGCCAGAUUCAACAGCGCGCUGCUGAGCUACCUGGGGGAAGAACAAAAAAUGUCCGCAUGGGGGUUAUGAAGAAGGUUAAGAAGCGCCGUGUUUUUGAUAUGGAUGUAGAGGCAGCAGUUAUAGAAAACAUUCUGACAGAGCACCAGAUGGCACCUGUGGCCAUUCCUUUCCAACAGGCACCUGGCAAACGUAUUGUAGAGGCACCACGUGCACCCAUGACAGUUAAUGUAGCACCACCUCGAGAAGACGCAGAAGCUGCACCAUUACCUGGCCCAGAAGUAAUAACUACACAGCCUUCAGCCGAUACAGAGGCACCACCCCAGGAAGACACUGAGUCAACCACAACUUCAAAUGUGGAGCCAGCAGGGACACCAGCACGUUCAGUGUGUAAGUAUGUUGGAUAACUGAUAAGUUCUACAAAAGCUUAUUUUAACCCAAAGAGGUUGUUUUCAAUCCUGCUUAUAUGCACUUCAGACUAUACUUAAAGUAAAACCAGUACAACAUCUAUAUUCCCUUCAAUAAUAAGUCAGCUGCUACUCUAAAUGGGCUAAGUUGUUUUUACAUGUUUGGUUGUGUUGUGCUAUGAUGAUGAAACUUAUGUAACUCUUUCAAUUGCAGUUAAGGUUAUGAAGAGAAAGCAAGCUGCAAGCAGCACAGCUGAGACCAAUGAUGUGGCAGUAAAUUUGUAAGUAAACUAUGGACAGUUUUGUUGUUUGUUCACCAUGUCGAUUCAAAUGUUGGUAGAUUAAAUGAAGAUCUUCAUAAAAUCUUUUCAACUUUUAUUGCAUGUCAGAUAAUUUGUAUCUCCACUAGCCUAUCCUAUGUCAGAGACAUAGAAACGGAUAUCAGUAGGCGUUAUUAGCGGAGACAGCAUGUAAUGUCAGUACAGCAGAACAAUUACAUAUGUCAACACCAUUUGCGAGACCGACUUUUAAUGGCUAAAGCCACACAAGAUUUAAUUAUGGUUAACCAUGGAUGGCCUAUAAAUCUACAUACAGUGAGAAAUUGACUAAGAGAACAUGAAAUUACCUGCCGCAGUCUAGUUCUUAUGCUAUGUCACCAUCACCACCAUUUAAUUUGGUCCCACAACCAUCACAGUCAGCAUUUGCAGAACACAGCAUUAAGUGAUGACUCAAGAUUCAACUUGGAUGCCAAUGAACAUGUCUGUGUCUUCAGAUGACGAUGUGUUAGCAGUCUUGUAUACGUUUUGUCUCUCUUUAACUGAAAAAAUGAUUGAGGAGCAGUUCCCCUCCACUUUCUUUUUAAAUCAAUUUUAAUUUUGUUUUGUAUGAAAAAAAAUGCCAAUUGUGUCUAUAGGACAAGGUGAUAAAUUUUUUAACUGAGAGCAAGGUAUGUUUCUGCCCCUAUUCACGCAUAUUGUAGUUUUUAACACGCAGCCAAGCAAAUGAUGCAAAUGUGUUGAUUCAUUUUGUAACAACAGUACAGUAUAUUUUCACCAAUAGGAGAGAUCAUGAUUGCUUACAAAUCCAUUGUAUUUCUAUUUUUAGAACUGAUAAGACAUUGAUCGGGUGAGCAGAAGCUGAACAUCUUUUUUUUUAUGUAAACUGAGAUGUGUUCUAACGACCUAAUAAUUUUGCUUACAUGUGUAUUUUUUGCUAAAAACUUUCUGAAUUUUGAAAUCUAUAAAUGAGCACAAAUAAGCUAGAACUUGAUUAAUAAUUCUGAUCCCGUUCAUUUCAAAAACAUUUGUACUGCCCAUCAGCAGAUAAACAGAAGUUAAUGCGUCACACGUCACUCGGAUUUCUUAAGAAAUGAAAUGAUUUUUUCUGUGUUCAUGCAAAAUGUACAACUGUAUAGGAUUGACAAAUCCAUGAAUCGUGCCAGGUAAGAGGAAGUUUUGAGGAUUGGUAUGAUUAUCAAUAUAGUAUCCUUGUCAGUCAAUGCUGAUAUAAUAUUAUGAUAGUGAAAACAAAAUACUAAAAGUUUCCAAUUAACUGACAACUCCUAUACUCAUGUAAGCAAAAUAAUUAAAUUUGACCGGUAUAUUUCCUAUCCGGUAACCAGGUAACUGGUCAGCAUCCAGUAUGCAGGACACAGAAAAAAAGACUAGACCAAACAAUAUAAUGACAUGUCUGACGUAAUUACUUUCUUGGCAUUUUAAUUUAGAAUUUGAUAUCUUAAUCACCUUUUAAAUAUCUGCGACUACCAGUAUCAAUACAGUAUCUUUAAUGUUCGUGUUGCUGCAUUAAGGAAGAAAACCUCUAUAAGUCCUGCUCUAGGUUACAUACCAUUAAAAGAAAUAGUUCUCUGUUUUUUGUAAAACAGUUUAAAAUUGUCUUAUCAAAGCCUAUUUUCCGCAAGACAUCCAUGUGUUUCCUUUAAAAGAAAAAAAAGAACAACAGAAAAUGGGGAGUUGAAUAGAAUGCUGUAAAAUGUAAGUCAAAUGACGUUAGCUACACUUACCACCUACAAUGUAUUUCAUUUCAUAUUACAUUUCAGUAAGCGGUUCGCAGAAUAAAAAAAUAGAUCUAGAGCUACUUUUGUUUCCUAGUGAACAAGUAGAAAACAUGCGAAUGUAAGCACGAAAAAGAGUCUUCUUACAUGUAAAACACAUUCCAUGAAUAAAUCAGUGCAUGCCCAUUUGCACCCAACCAUCUUAAUCAAUUAAAUUUUUACACCUAAAUAUAGUACUUAGUGCAUCACGUGCUAAAAAUGUAAAAAGUUUGAUGUAUGUAUAACGGACUUUCCGUUACAAAUAAUACAUUACACACUGCAUUCAGAUAUAAAGUGACAGUUUAUGUGUAAUUUAAUUGUUACUGCACAAAGAUCUAUAUAAAGUGAACAUUUUUUUUUUACUUAAUAGUAAGAAAAUGUGAAGAAACUUUUAAAUAUAUAAUAUUAUGUGAUGUUUUUGCUACUAGAGUUAUAUAGGGAUGUAACCUUUUGUUACUUAUAUUACUAAGAAAAUAAAAUCAGAUGCUCUGUCAAAAAUAAAUAAAUUUCAGUAUGUGACUGUGUGUGACUUUUUUGUUACUAGAGUUAUAUAGGGAUGUUACCUUUUGUUACCUAUGUUACUAAGAAAAUAGAAUAAGAGGUUUUGUCAAAAAUCAAUAAAUUCCAGUAUGUGACUGUGUGUGACUUUUUUGUUACUAGAUUUAUAUAGGGAUGUUACCUUUUGUUACCUAUGUUACUAAGAAAAUAGAAUCGGAGGUUUUGCAAAAAUCAAUAAAUUUCAGUAUGUGACUGUGUGUGACUUUUUUGUUACUACAGUUAUAUAGGGAUGUUACCUUUUGUUACCUAUGUUACUAAGAAAAUAGAAUCAGAGGUUUUGCAAAAAUCAAUAAAUUUCAGUAUGUGACUGUGUGUGACUUUUUUGUUACUAGAGUUAUAUAGGGAUGUUACCUUUUGUUACCUAUGUUACUAAGAGAAUAGAACCAGAGGUUUUGUCAAAAAUCAAUAAAUUUCAGUAUGUGAC